AUUUAUUUACAGGGUGACUUUGUAGACAGAGGUUAUUUCAGUUUGGAGACAUUCACAAGAUUACUAACAUUAAAAGCCAAGUAAGAAUUUUCAAUCAAAUUAAAUUUUAACCUGUAUGCAUGUCUUAUUUAAUACAGUAUAAUUUAGAGGCCAAGUGUGACAUGUGUGAGUGAUCAUUGUUUCACCAAGGACUAAGAGAUAAGACCUUUCUAAGAUUAUGGCAGAUUCCAUGGCCUCUGCCAGAUGUAAAUACCAUUGUCUAAAUUUGGUGCAUUUCAUGAUAAAUAAGCUGACAAUUGUGAGAUUUUAGUUAGAAUCUACAGCUUAUUUAUUGCGUUUUGAAAAUGAACAGGAUUAUACAUUUAUCUGAAAAAUGCAGAUAGUCUUGAUAGUUGCAACUAUUAGGUAGCAGAUUCAUGUAGAUGUUCUUAUUGUUGAAUUGGUGCACUGGGCAUGAAAUACACUGAAAUCAUAUUGUAGGAAAACAUUAUUGGUAAUUACAUAGACUGGAUGGUUUCAGUGGAAAUGUUUGCCCUCAUUUACAUUGACACAUGUACACUCAAUGUUGUUUUUGCUUCAGAUGGCCUGAUCGUAUCACACUUCUCAGGGGAAACCAUGAAAGUAGACAGAUUACCCAAGUUUAUGGUUUCUAUGGUAUGCUAUACUUACAGUCAACUCCAUAUGCCAGCUAUUGGGAACUUUUAAAGAAGGGCAUUGGCCUUAUAGGGAUUCUGAAAGAAAAGAUAAAGGACUGACUAGAAGAACCCACACAACUGUUUGAAAAGAGUACGGGAGGUACCACAGACCUCAGUGGUGUGGCCAACCUAUUCUGGGCUUAGCAAUGAGUAUCUCUGUUAAAAAAACAUUAAUCACACUCAUCAAAUAGUGGUGUAAUGAUUAAUCGGAUUCUUGAUUAAUCACGAUUAUGACCAUUCGGUUUGAUUCACAAUUCUUUGCUUCCAUGUUUCGAUUUUAGUUCAAUUUUUUUUCACCUUUUCCAGGGUGCCCUCAGUGAGUUAUUAUCUUCUCAAAUAAGAAUCCAGAACUCUUUAAUGUGCGUUUUUGAUUGACGAGCAAAGACAAUAGCUGUUCGUUCGCAUUUUGUGUUGGGGGGUAAAAAUGCUGUCCUUCAACCUCCCCUUGAGAAUUUCCAAAUAAGGCAAACCAUGUACGACACGCUCUUUGUCAGGUUCUCAAACAUGGCAAAGAACCUAGCGACUGUGAAUCCUCCUGUGCCUGUUGCCAUUCUCAUAUUGAGGGUUUACGGUUGCAUGUUGUUUACAUUGUACGUUAUGUUAUAAAAACUAAGAAACAUUUACAUAAUCGUAUUGAAUCGCAUUGCAAAAAGUCAAUCAAUUUCCAGCGAAAUUUGCCCAGAAAAUUUCCAUGAAAUCUGCCGUUUUUCACCCAUUGUUUUUUGGCGAAGUUAGCCCCAAAAAUUCCCACGAAUAUGUCUCUGAAAAUCCCUGGAAUUUUGUCUUUUUUCGCAACUUAUCAGAUUAAUCAGAAGCCCUGUAGCAUGGCGCAACCCAUCAGAUUUGAUUGUUUGAAAAAAUUGCGGACAGAGGUCGGUAUAAAUUUGAAGGUAAACUGGCUUUGUUUAUGCAAUUUGGCACAUUUUUUAUGAUGAAAGCAAAGCAAGAUAGGAUGAAAUGUUUGUUUUAACUUGACUUAUUUAAUUUAAUUCAAAAUCAUAGAGAAACCUGGUCGCCAAAGUGGCGACUAAGCCAGAAUUUUUAGUCGCCAAGGAGAAAAUGUUAGUUGCAUUGGCGAUAGUAUCAGUCGCAAUUUUGAGCCCUGAAACAGUGUAUGUGAAUAGAAUAUGCAUCAAUACUUGAAAGUACCCAGCACUGCCAAAUUUGCCUCUGUCUGCUCUACGAUAACAUUUGUUCAAUAAUGAAAAAAGUGCGCAUAAUCUGAAUAUUUUUUGGUAAUAAGGUGCAGCAUUAUUUUUUCAAAGAAAUUUUGAUUGAUUGCUCUAAAUCUGUUGUCAUUUUGGAAUUUGAGUACAUGUAUCUUCACAUAAAAAAAUUAUAGAUUCUUAAAGCUCUAGCUUGUUUUCAUCUUUAUCUUUGUUGUCAGUCCUAAGUAUUUCUUCAUCUUGUUAAGCUGAAAAUUAUUAAUUAGACCAAAUUGCAGAGUAUCCAAAACAAAUCAAUAUAAAAUUGACUGUUUGAGCAGUGCUGUUGUACAAUGUAUGCUGGAUAACCAGGUAAAUUAUUUCAGAGCAUUUGAGCAUAAUAUGUAAAUAAACACUCCUUUCUCUCAUUGUUCUGCACUUUUCCUCAGUUUUAACUGUUGCAAGUUGUUCUGCACUUGUUCCUUGAUUUUAACUGUUGCAGAAAGCAACAUAAUGUGGUAUGAAAAGGAGAAGAGCUGUUUCAUAACUGGCGUUUUGAUAGUAAAGGGCUUAAUGAUUGAAUAAGUAAAAUAACCUUCACAUUGGUGCAUUGUGCAAGCAAAAAGAUCUGUUGACCACCGUUCCUGUAUACUGCAACUGUAAGGCUCUUGUUGAAAAGUUUGGAGUGUUUGAAAUUUGUAGGGCAUGUAGUGCCCAGUGAAGUGGUCUAUCUCACUUUCACACUCAUGUAUGGGGGCAUCAUUACUCAUUCCUUUAUUACUUGUAAACUGCACCUUAACCCCCAAGCAGCGUUCUAAAUCAUCCCUGAAAAGCCCUGAGGAGAGUGGAUAAUAUGAUAUUUACAUUUACAUUUACAGUGUGGUAACAGAAACUCAUAAGGGGUUGAAACGUGUAACUCUCAUAUGUUUGCUUUGUCCAAUGCUCGUGAUUAUUCAUUUUCAAAAGUACCAUAUUUGGAACGAGAAGAAGAGAUAACUGAUCAAUAAAACUUCGUCAACAACGUGACGUAAUUUUACUUCAGGUUCCCGCGCCCGCUUAAAAAAAAUGGCCGACCAACAAACGGGGGAAAAACUCCCAAAAGCCGAGAAAGCUUUCAAAGGUUGAAACCAGGAAUCGUACCGAAACACUGAGCAGAAAUAUAUUAUUGCCUUACCACCCGGGCCAAACGUAAUAUUAUGAAACCCAUUGACGUCUUCGCAACUUCCUGAAGUUGUCACUUCCAAAAACGAUGCCUCGUUGACCCCCUGCACAGUAAACUUUUACUGCAAAUAGGUUUUUAAAAUUCUUAUAUUAAAAGUCUAGAAUAAACAGUAAACAAUAUUUUCGAAUAAAAUUCAAUAGCUGCGUAUCGAAGAGUGUCCAAAACCUGAACCUGACAUCUUCGCAAAAAGAGAUGCGUGUAAUGAAUGUGAGAAGCAUUUAAGCUUAAAUUUGGCUUGGAUGUUGUAGUCACGAUCGUGUUUUGAGCUAAUUUUAUGAAUGAACAAACUCAAAACAAUAGACAGAGAAGCCGUUUCUUGAAAAUUUUUAUUCAAAAUCCAAAACGUUAAUUCUUUAAAGCAACUCGGAAAACACUAUCUGGAUCGUGGAUCUGUUCACGCAAGUGAAAUUGGCUGAGCACAUGGCAAAAUUCAACACAAAAUCCAUCUCAAAUCGGGGCACAUUUUGUAAUUUUUCUUUAGCGCCGAAGAGAAAAAUUUAUAAAACGUCUAUGAAACAUUUAAAAAUACAUAAAUUCCGUUUCAAAAACCAAUUGUCUAGGCCAUAGAGUGCAAAAUGUACCUCAAAAUUCAGCAAAAACGUCACUGCCUUGGUUGCAUUUUAAAACAGACCAUGCGCUCCGUCGUGAAGAAAACAAGGUUGAAUUCCUCAAAGGACGAUUUCUUGAUGAAAAGCUUCCCUUCCUCCACAAAAAGAAAGCUGAGCAUUCUUUUUAACUUUCUCUUUCCAUUUUUUGUCUUUUAACAGUGUAUUUUUAACCCUGAAAUGCAGAACUCUUGUCUUAAAACACCUGCAUGGUGAUCACGCGGCAGCCAUUUCGUUGAAAAUGGAUAUCUGUCACUGAGGUUUCUAAAUAUGGUAAAAGUGAAUAUUCACGAGCAUUGAACACGAGUUACAUGUUUUAACCCCUUAUGAGUUUCUGGUGGUAACCAAGUGUACUUUUUAUAGCAAAUCUGUCAAAUUUGGGCAGAGGUACUGCAUUGUGAAAUAUCAACACCAAUUAGAAACAGAGAAACAUAUUGAUUGACUGAUAAAGGUUAUUAUUACAGUGUAGUGACGAUAUUUAGUUUUAACAUGAUGUAGUUAUUGAUUAUUUCUUUUACAUAAUUUUUUGUAUGUUGUUAUUUUACAGAUGAAUGCCAAUCAAAGUAUGGGAAUGCAAACGCUUGGAGAUAUUGCUGUAAGGUGUUUGACCUUCUAACUGUUGCAGCUGUAAGUGUUCCAGUCGAAUUCAUUUUAAAAUAUCUCCCCUGAAUAAUGUUAUCUUACACUGUGUAUUGCUCUGCUCCAUUUUUUCUCAGAUUUUUUAAGCAUCUCAGCAAAGAUAUCCACAUCCACAAAAUGGUGUCAGCCUUGAGAAGUUUAACAUUAUGAAUACAACGUGUUUGAGUGGUCAUUUUCCUUUUAUAGGAAGGGUUAGGUUUCUUCAUCAGAGCAAAUCUGCACUAUUUGCUCUGAUGAAGGGUUAAGGCUCAAAACAGACAUGUUAUCUUCUCAAUUCCCCUACAGUUGCCAAUUUGCCUUAUCAACUGUUUUGAUAAAACUAAAUUCGUAAUAUAAUUUUUCUUUUACAUGUAGGUCAUUGACGGGCAGAUUCUGUGUGUUCAUGGUGGUUUAUCACCAGACAUCAGAACCCUUGAUCAGGUGAACAGAUAUCAUUUUACAUGUAUAUGUAUAUUAAUUUAUAGCAAACAUAGUCAUACAUUUCAUUGUCACCUUUUUAGGCAAGAAAAAAUAAUUAUAUAUAUAUUUAUUAUAUAGACACGAGUGUUUUACUGGAAAAUAUGCCACUUGUAAAAUUCAUAAAAACUACAUCCGGGACCCAAAUGGUUUAUUUUCCAUAAUCUCACACGUGAGUUUAUCGAUAACAUAAUUUCGGUAAUUUUCCUUCGAAAUUUGUAGGUGUCUUGCGUCUUUUGAAUUUUACUCGCACAUUUUCCAAAGUGUUGCUUAUAUUUUGUCAUUGUAGAGCCCUAUUCAGCUCAGUGUUACUUCUCCAGAUUAUUAUAACCAAUGUCUUAUAUUGCUGUACUGUAAAUCUGAGCCGUCACAAUUACUUUUUGGCGAAUAAAAAUCUGUUAUUUUAUCGAUGUCUUUUUGUCUAUAUAAUAAAAAGAACAUUACACGGCAGCUUGAAGAUAUGAAUUUUAUUUUCCCAUUGCAAAAACAAUAUUUUACUCACUUGCUGUGCUCGUUCGUAAAAUAUUGUUUUGCCACUCGAAAAUAAAAUUCAUAUCUUUGCACCACCGUGUAACAUCCUCUAUAUAUAAAUAUGUAAACCAGCACUUCACUAAAAGAAUUUCAUGUAUAAUUUAAAGGCCAUGACCCCAGGGUUCGCACAGUCUUGAAAAGUCCUUGAAUUUUAGGGGAAGUCCUUGCAAAGUCCUUGAAUUCCAUUUUUCCUUGAAAAGUCCUUAAAUUUCUGUGCAAGUCCUUGAAAAGAGCUUGAAUUUUCUUCAACUUUGAAUGUAGUAGCCUGGAAAGAAUUUUUUGAUGCUUUUUGCUUGUCCAAGACAGAAUAUAAAUCGUAGCUCAGUGAAUGUAAAGGUCAUUUACAUAAAGUGCUCCAUGUUUUAUGCAAUAAUUAACUAUCAGUUUAAGACAAGUGAACUGAAAAAUGUAGAGAAUUUGGUGAAGCAAACAGUUAAAGCCUUAAAGUCUUAUUAGAAUAUACUGGGAAUAUGCAUUUUUGUACAAUCUGUGAAAUUAUAUUCCUAGUAGGUUGUCCUUGAAGAUCUAAUGUGGUCCUUGAAAAGUCCUUGAAAAGUCCUUGAAAAAUAGUUGCAAUUUUUUGUAUGAACCCUGGACCCAGGUUCAAAUACUGUUUUUGAGUUUUUUCUUUAUUGAACACUUUUUGACUGAUCUCAAGGCUGUGCUCUAAGAAGAAUUGAAAGAAGCCCAAUUCCUUGAACCUGUGAAAUCCAAGGUGCCCAACAUAUAAGUUCAAUGAAAAAACUAAGAUUCCCUACAUUGUAGUUGCCCAAGGGCAAAAGUGAGGUACCAGGGGCCAAUGGGCACCAGCAGAGCACAGCCCUGGAAUUUUUAACUUACCAUACAAUAAUAUUACAGGUAAUUUAUGUGUGUACCGGUAUAUGUCGUGUCAGUUUUGUUUUUAGUAUUACUGAGAAGUAGAGUAUAGUGUUGUGACAAAGUUACAGUUAUUUUUUUCACUGAGAGUGGUACAAUGUUGUUUGUAACCUUUUCUUAUGUUUUCCUUCAGAUUCGAACAAUAGAUCGUAAUAUGGAAAUUCCUCACAAGGGAGCUUUUUGUGAUAUCCUUUUAUACACAACCACAUGUUCAACUGUUAAAGGGACACAGUCAGCUGAUGCACAUGCUUGUUAGAUACAAUUUCUUAGCUGAUUAAUGUGCAUAUCACGAGACACAUGCGUGAAACAGAAUAUGAGAUGCGCAAUUUUUGGAAUAUGUAAACAGACCUUGUGGAGUUGAAUUAGUAAUUAACAAGUCAAAAUUGUAAUUACAGACCCUAAGUCAUAUCAGAGCACUCAUUUUCUAUACACCAUUGAAUUGCAUCCGGAGGUCGCUUUAAAAAGAGUACUCCCUUGUAUAAGCCAUACAGGUAUAUGCCACCCCAAAGGGUGACAUAUUUUGGUCUGAAAUAGGGCGGGAUUUGGAGAACUGGGCGGCACACCCCACCAAGAAUUCCCAGGAGUACAUCCUCGCCCCCUGACUAUUUUUCCAAAUCUUUGUUUAUGGCGACACAGUUUAUGCUCAAACUUGGGAGGUAUAGACCAUAAAAAACUUUAGUGAGCCACCUUAAAACUUUUCUGGGGGAGCAUGCCUCCAGACCACCCCCCCCCCCCAACCCCCCAGAGGGCAAGGUAUGGAGGACCUUGCAAUUCCUACUCUGAAAAGUUGUGAAAACACUGGUCCCCCCACCUUCAAGUAACAUAGACCCUAAAGAAAACAUCAGUUUCCUUAUUUGAAGGACACUUAUGCCUAGGUAUUGUCCUUAACAUUUGGCACAUCUUGUGUGGUCUGACCCCGAGGAUGUGGAUACUUGGGCCAUCAGCCCCAGGGGAGCAGGAUGGCUGUUUGGUGCAAAAGUUACAAAUGAGGUAAAAGAUGUGCAGUGUUCACCCAUAAUAUAA